UCCAUGGCCCCUGCACCGCACGCGCUCGUCAUCCCCUACCCGGCGCAGGGCCACGUCAUCCCGCUCCUGGAGCUCGCGCACGCGCUCGUCGACAGGGGCUUCACCGUCACCUUCGCCAACUCCGAGUUCAACCACGACCGCGUUGUUGCCGCCAUGUCGAAGAAGGACGGCGGCGCCGAGCUGCUGGAUCGCGUCCGGCUCGUGGCGGUGCCGGACGGCAUGGCGCCCGGGGAGGACCGGAACAACCUCGUCAGGCUGACAGUGCUCAUGACCGAGCACAUGGCGCCGCGGGUGGAGGAGCUCAUCCGCCGCAGCGGCGACGCGGAGGGCGGGCCAAUCACGUGCAUGGUGGCGGACUACAAUCUCGGGACGUGGGCGCUCGAUGUAGCGCGGAGGACCGGGAUAAAGUCGGUGGCCAUCUGGCCGGCCUCGGCCGCCGUGCUGGCGACCCUCCUGAGCAUCCAGAAGCUGAUCGAGGACAACAUCAUCGACGCAGAAGAUGGGUCUGCACUGAGACAAGAAGGCACGUUACAGCUGUCCCCGGACAUGCCCGCAAUGAACACCGCCCACCUCGCAUGGAACUGCAUCGGCAACCACGACGGGCAGGAGGCCCUCUUCCGGUACCUCGUCGACGGCGUCCGUGCGGUCGAGAAGUGCGACUUCGUACUCUGUAACUCCUUCCACGGCGCCGAGCAGGCGACCUUUGCGCGCUUCCCCAAGAUCGUCCCCGUCGGCCCGCUCCUCACCGGCGAGCGCCGCGGCAAGGCGGUGGGCCACUUCUGGAUGCCCGAGGACCACGCGUGCAUGUCGUGGCUGGAAGCGCAGCCGGCGAGGUCCGUGGUGUACGUCGCCUUCGGAAGCUUCACCAUGUUCGACCGGCGCCAGUUCCAGGAGCUCGCCCUGGGGCUGGAACUCUCCGGCAGGCCGUUCCUGUGGGUGGUCCGCCCGGACAUCGUCCGCGGCGACGUGCACGACUACCCUGACGGGUUCCUUGACCGCAUCAGCGCCGGCGGGCGCGGCAUGGUCGUGGCGUGGUCGCCGCAGCAGAGGGUGCUGGCGCACCCCUCGGUGGCGUGCUUCGUGUCGCACUGCGGGUGGAACUCGACCAUGGAGGGAGUCCGGAACGGGGUGCCCUUCCUGGCGUGGCCCUACUUUGCUGACCAGUUCGUGAACCAGGUGUACAUCUGCGACGUCUGGAAGGUCGGGCUCCGUGCCGUGGCCGAUGAGGCGGGGGUGAUCACGAAGGAGCACAUCGCCGGGCGGGUGGAGGAGCUAAUGGCCGACGCGGACAUGAGGGAGAGGGCGGAGGGCAUGAAGAAGGUGGCGCAUGGCAGCGUCAAGGAGGGGGGCUCCUCGCACGAUAACUUCGACAUGUUUGUUGAGGCCCUCAAGGCAUGA